AUGCGUGGCACGAGUUGCAGAUUGAUUGAAGGGAAACCAAAAUGUGUAUCAUCGCUGAUUCGUCGGAGUCAAGAAGAUUCUAAUCCAUGCGCAACCAAUUCUUGUCCAGCUGGUUUGGAAUGCAAGGUGAUUGAGGUUCCAUGCAUUGAUGCACCUUGCCCUCCGAUAGGAGUGUGCGGCCCACCGUCUGGCAACAAUAAGUGUGGUACAAAUGAGACAUUCAAAGAAUGUGCUAGCCAAUGCGAGCCCACUUGCGCCAAUAAAUCGUCGAUUUGCAUUCAAAUGUGUGCACCGGGAAAAUGCCAAUGCAAGCCAGGUUUUUACCGUAACACUACCGGUCAAUGUGUGACUGGAGCUGAUUGUGGUAAAUAUAAUAAAUAG